AUGAGGGUCCCUAUGUAUGAGGAUGUAAAGGGUGAAACUGAAGAGGAAAAAGCAGAGGAAGAAGAAAAUGAAGAAGACAAGGUAUUCUUUAAGCCUGUUAUUGAAGACCUGAGCAUGGAAUUGGCCAGAAAAUGCACCGAACUCAUUAGUGAUAUCCAUUAUAGAGAAGAGUAUAAAAAAUCUAAGGACAAGUGUACAUUUGUGACCGACACUCCGAUGCUAAACCAUGUAAAAAAUAUUGGUGCUUUUAUUUCUGAGGCAAAAUACAAAGGUACCACUAAGGCGGACCUCUCAAAUUCUCUCUAUAAGCAGAUGCCAGCCACAAUUGACAGUGUCUUCGCAAGAGAAGUCACACAGCUUCAGAGUAAGAUCGCCUACAAGCAGAAACAUGAUGCUGCCAGAGGACUCUCAGAUUACACCCAUAUGAAGGAGCCACCUGAGAUCAAACAUGCCAUGGAGGUCAAUAAACACCAGAGCAAUAUUUCUUAUAGAAAAGAUAUGCAGGACACCCACAUGUAUAACGCAGAGCUCAACAGACCAGACAUCAAGAUGGCAACGCAGAUCUCCAAGAUCGUAAGCAAUGCAGAAUACAAGAAAGGCCAAGGAGUAAUGAAUAAAGAGCCUGCUGUAAUUGGAAGACUAGAUUUUGAACAUGCUGUUGAAGCUUCUAAACUUUCUAGUCAAAUUAAAUACAAAGAAAAAUUUGAUAAUGAAAUGAAGGAUAAGAAACAUCAUUACAAUCCCCUUGAAAGUGUUUCUUUUAAGCAAAGCCAGCUUGCCACUGAGCUGGCAAGCAAUCGAGAGUAUAGGAAAAUGUUUGAGGAAAACAAAGGCAUGUAUCAUUUUGAUUCGGACGCUGCAGAACACCUGCACCACAAAGGCAACGCCAUCCUCCAGAGUCAGGUUAAGUACAGAGAAGAAUAUGAAAAAAAUAAGGGGAAAUCGAUGCUUGAAUUUGUUGAGACACCAUCAUAUCAAGCUUCAAAGGAGGCCCAGAAGAUGCAGAGUGAGAGAGUUUACAGAGAGGAUUUUGAGAGAGAGAUUAAAGGAAGGUCAUCACUGGAUUUAGACAAGACUCCAGAAUUUCUACAUGUAAAGUACAUCACCAACUUACUGAAGGAGAAGGAAUAUAGAAAAGAUUUGGAAAAUGAAAUAAAAGGGAAAGGAAUGGAUCUUAAUUCAGAAGUUCUUGAUAUUCAAAGAGCAAAACGAGCAUCUGAAAUAGCUAGUGAGAAAGAAUACAAGAAAGACCUGGAGUCAGAAAUUAAAGGGAAAGGAAUGCAAGUUGGCAUUGAUACCCUUGAAAUACAACAUGCCAAAAAAGCUUCAGAGAUAGCUUCAGAGAAAGACUAUAAAAGAGAUCUGGAGACUGAAAUUAAAGGGAAGGGCAUGCAGGUGAGCACAGACACACUUGAUAUCCAGAGAGCCAAGAAAGCAUCCGGAAUGGCCAGCCAGAUAGAAUAUAAGAAAGAUCUGGAAACAGAAAUCAAAGGGAAAGGAAUGCAAGUGAGCAUGGACGUUCUGGAUAUGCUGCGAGCCAAGAGGGCAUCGGAAAUCUAUAGCCAGAAAAAGUAUAAAGAUGAAGCAGAGAAGAUGCUUUCUAACUAUUCUCCUGUGGCAGAUACUCCUGAAAUCCAGAGAAUUAAGACAACUCAACAAAACAUUAGUUCAGUAUUUUAUAAGAAAGAAGUAGGAGCUGGCACAGCAGUAAAAGAUUCUCCAGAGAUUGAACGAGUGAAGAAAAAUCAGCAGAAUAUUAGUUCACUCCAGUACAAAGAGCAGAGCUACAGGGCAACCCCAGUCAGCAUGACACCAGAGAUAGAGAGAGUGAGGCGGAACCAGGAGCAGCUGAGUACGGUAAAAUACAAAGGAGAGAUUAAACAGGCAACUGCAAUUUCUGAUCCACCAGAGCUGAAGAGAGUUAAAGAAAACCAGAGGAAUAUCAGCAAUGUUUAUUAUAAAGGUCAGCUGGGAAGAGCUACGCCUUUAAGUGUAACUCCUGAGAUGGAAAGAGUAAAGAAGAAUCAAGAAAAUAUUAGUUCGGUAAAAUAUACCCAGGACCAUAAACAGAUGAAAGGUAGACCAAGUCUUAUUUUAGAUACACCUGGUCUGAGACAUGUCAAAGAAGCGCAAAAUCAUAUUUCAAUGGUCAAAUAUCAUGAAGAUUUUGAAAAGACAAAGGGGAGGGGCUUUACCCCUGUCGUGGAUGACCCUGUGACAGAGCGCGUGAGGAAGAACACCCAGGUGGUCAGCGAUGCCGCUUAUAAAGGUGUCCACCCUCACAUCGUGGAGAUGGACCGGAGACCUGGCAUCAUUGUUGACCUCAAAGUUUGGCGCACAGAUCCUGGCUCCAUCUUCGACAUUGACCCCCUGGAAGACAAUAUUCAGUCUAGAAGUCUACACAUGCUCUCUGAAAAGGCAAGUCAAUAUAGGAGACAGCGGUCUCGAUCUCAUUCGAGCAGUACAUUUGGUACAGUUCUUGGAGAUGACAAGUCAGAAAUAUCCGAGAUUUACCCUAGCUUUUCAUGCAGCAGUGAGGUGACAAGACCGUCUGAUGAAGGAGCACCUGUUCUUCCUGGAGCCUACCAGCAGAGCCAUUCCCAAGGCUACGGGUACAUGCACCAGACCAGCCUGUCAUCCAUGAGGUCAAUGCAGCAUUCACCAAAUCUAAGGACCUACCGAGCCAUGUACGAUUACAGUGCCCAGGAUGAAGAUGAAGUCUCCUUCAGGGAUGGCGACUACAUUGUCAACGUACAGCCCAUCGAUGACGGCUGGAUGUACGGCACGGUGCAGAGAACUGGGAAAACCGGGAUGCUCCCAGCAAAUUACAUUGAGUUUGUUAAUUAAUUAUUUCCCCUUGCCCUUUGAGCUUUACUCUAAUGUAUACUAAACCUAGUCUUUUUAAAAGAUAGAAGACACUUUUAAGACAACUUGGCAGUUAUUUUACAAUAAUUUACCCUUACUUUGACAAUUAGACACACAGGUACCAGGAAGAAGGAAUGAUUUCUGGGCUGAGAACAGCAGCAUUUUCAGUAGUUCCUGUAAACAAAAUAAUUAGGUCUGGAGACCUGGUGCUGCUAAUUGUAUUACUGGUUUUUUUUUGAUUGGCUACUGAACCCUUCUGGGAAGAUGUAUUUUUGUAGACUUUAAUAGAGACGUUGAUUGUCUUGUAAAUGUAACGCGUAUAUGAGACUUCUUAGCUGUCACUUUGGAAUCACCAGAAGCCAAUUCUCUUAAUUCAGCAACACAGCCAAUAAUUUAAAAACCGUGUAGCUUUGGAGUCAUUAGACAAUUUCCAAUUCCAGUGAAAAUCAUCUAGUAUAAUAAAGUAAGCAAUGGCAAAAUGACAGUUUUGUUAAAAUCAUAUUGAGUGGUGGCCUUAGGGACCUAGAAACUUCUACUGAACAAAGAAAUUUUUUGUUUCCUUGGCCAACUUGGGUCUAUUUAUUUCUUAUUUGUACCAAGACAUAUCCUAAUCUCCACUUACAUUCUAUGGACCCACACGUAUUCUUGGCUCCACAGAAUGUCAGGACCAAAUAACUUCAUAGCUACUCUGCAAAGGGCAGAUUUAAGGCCAUCUAUAUGAUUUCCCUAAUAGCCUUUACCCUGUUGCAUGACAUGUAGGUUCAAGCUUCUGUAACAUAGGCAGCUGCACUGCCCAUUACUCCUACUAGAUCUAAAAGUGUGGCUGAUAUCUAAAAGCCUUUCCUCUAGUUGUCAGCUCAUCAGAAAAACAUAAUUUGAAAAGUUGCUUGAGAUUCUCCUGCAUUGCACUCUAGUUUUGAAGGAUGUACACUUUAGGAAAUAGAUGUAUACUCUAGUAAAUAAGUGAUUUAGGUGUUUAUUGAACAGCUUUCAUUAACUUAAUGCCGCUGCUGAUUUAAAAGUUAAGAAAACUUAACAGGAGCCAAUGACAAAGUGGGAUAGGAAGUGUGCUAGAGAACACCAGUGAACAAAAAGUGACCGAUCCAAUCUACAGAGAGUGAGAGAGAGAGAGAGAGAGAGGAUCUGGUUUCUUGUUUUGGAAAAGGUUUUCAAAUUCUGGAAUGGAAAUGUAGCUGCUGAAACUAGUAAAAGAAAAGACUUUCUUGUCACUUUCUGCUUUUUACUUUCUAAAUCACAUUCAAGGGGUGAGAUAGGAAUGUCAUCAGAGAUUUUAGGUCCAGGCACAGGUUGUUCACUGAAAAUGGAAUUGUUGUCAGAUUUUGAUUUUUCAAACGAGUGACCUUGCAGUUUCUUUCUGGAUUCACAGCCAUGACUGCAGCCUUUGCCUGUGGGUUGUGACUUUCACCUGAGUCCACAGUCAAGAUCACCUGAGAUUAACAUCCAUCAGCAACUGUGUUUUUCUGAUUGUGUCAUUUAUUGGGACCUGCAACAGGGUAGCAUUCAUGUAGGAUCUGACUCUAUAGUUGAGGUGAAGCUGAAAAAGCUAAGUCUCAAAAAUGUAAUAAAAUGUAUGGGUUGGGGAUAUCUCCUUAUACCUUUUAAUCAAAGAAAUUAACAAAAUAUAUUUUAUUGAAAUGUUUAUCAGUCCAAAGGCAAACAUUAAUUUAUUAACACCUUUGAAAGCUUAGCUAAUACUUUUAAAAAUCUGUAGUUUCAUCUUAUCUAGCUAAAAGAGUAAAUAGAAUAAAAUUUAUUGCACGCAAGCUUCAUCUGCAUGACACCGACAUAAAAUUGAAGAGAGACAAAAUUCAGGCAAAUAACUAGAGACUUUUUUUGAGUGAGCUUUACGGAAUAGGCAGUUUGACUGAUUUUCUAUCAUUGAAAUGACCGGUCAUGAUUAGAUUGAUUAAACCCCAUAUCAAUUUUGAUGUCCUGUACACAAACCUACAAACACAAACUUAAUUUGCAGUAUUCUUGCAAAAAUUUAUGUGCAUUAAAAGUGAGGGAAAUGAGCUUGCUCAUUUUUAUUAUACCAUUAAAUAAAUAUUUACGUUUCACCCAGACUUCUUUUCACGAUUAUAAAAAAGGAGUCGUUGUUGAUUAAAUUUUGCAGACUAAAUGUAGGACAGAUAUAAUUUUUGAUAAAUAGCACAUUUAUAGGGAACUCAAAGAAAACUGACUUAAAAUGAUAAGGAUAAUGGGGAAAAGUUACCAUAAAGUAGCAGCUUGAUAUUUCAUUGUUUUUCUCAUCCACUGAUUUCAAAAUCGGGUUCAUUGAAUGUAAAAGUCAAUACUUACUUGGGGAAUAAUUCUCCUAAAUUGUAAGCUUUACAUAAUGUUUGCAUAGUAAGAUGUUUCUGCUUCCAGCCUUUAGGAAUUCAGAUCUGAUCAGAAUGUAACGAGAGGGAGGUUAUUUUACAGUAAAGACUGAGGGAGAACAAGAUGUCACAUGCUUCUGACACUCUCACUUGAUAGUGUUGUCAUUGUCACUAAAGCUUGUCAGGAUAUUAAGCAUCUCAGCAGAAAUAUAGGAAUUAUGUGUAUUCAUACCAAAGUGCUAUUUUACAGAAUCAUUUUCAAAGCUACAUCGCUGAAUAGCUUUUCCUCUUUCAACACGGUACCUGCCCAGCUUCAGUUUGGCAAGAGGUAUCAUACAUAACGCUGACAGCUAAGCAAGGGUCUAAGAAACGAGCCUUUUUACAAAUCAAGUUACAGAAGACUGGGUGCCCAAGCACCGAGAGCACGCACCUGCUUGCCUAAGCCCAUGUCCUCCAGCCUGACAAAAGCACAAGGAGCGAUGUGAUAGACUUUUCAAGUUUUCGGAAACCAAGCUGUAUGCGGAUCACACCUCUCUGGAGAAAAGCAGUUUUUGUAGCAAGUGUUUUUAUGAAUUCUUAGUCUCCAAGGAAGCUUUCUCUCUCUCACCUGUGGCAAAAUGACUUCUUUGUGUCUUCUUGUAAUCUCACAUUAGCAUUUAUCUGGUUGCCAGAUGUCCCUGCAUCUUCUCAGGCCUCCCCCCACCUCCAGACACCACCCAGGAACGUGCAAGCACAAUUUCCAAGCACCUUGUGUGAAGAGGGAUGAGACCAGCCCAGCCCCUCCCUUGCCACUGGAGUCAUUGCUUGAAGAUGGUAAAGAUGCGGUUUUGCCCGUUUUGCCACAGUCUUUUUUUCCCUUAUCGUCUCUGUGUUGAGCUCUACAACACCUUGGGGGUUGGGAAGCCAACUUUUCUAAAACAGUGGAAGUUGAAGAGGUGUAUUUUUUUUUUAAUUUGUUCAACUCCAGUGGAAUGUUUUUAAUGAAAAGACAGAGAAAAUGUGUGUGAUCCUUUAAUAACACAUCUCUAUAUAAAGUAGAUAUAGUUUAUACCAAAAUUAUAAUAUAGAUAUAUACAAAAAUAGGUGCCUUUUUGAUUACCCUUGUUUGUCCACUAUUGCCUGGGAAAGAAAAGCAAGCUUCUGCUUAUCCUAUAGUAAUAUUUUAUUACACAUGAUUGGUAUUUUUGUGGUGGGGAAGUAAGACGCUCCUGACAGGUAUGAAGGGUGAUAGCUGAUUAUUUUACUUCUAAAGGUUUAGGAAUUUAGAAAAUACUGACUCUUUCCACCAAUUUUUGAACGGUCCUUUGUAGAUUUAUAUAUAGUUGAGCUGCAUAAACAUUAAUUUUGGGCUUGAGGUAUAAAAUACCUAUAUUAUGAGGCUGAAUUCAUUACACAAGAUGAAAUUCACUUCACAAAUUCAUUAUAUCUUAGCUAUUUGCUUCUGAUCAUCUAAAAGUGGCUGGAGUGUGCUUGUUUUGGGUAACGUGACAUGGUGCUGAGAAAGCUUUAGUUCAGGAAGAAGCUAUGUAAACAAAUGAUAAAUGAAAGUCUCCUUCUCAAGUAUUCCUUGCCCAUUAGGUCCUUCCCAGGCUGCUGUCAACUAUCGAUGAUCCAAAAACUCAUGACAUUGUAUAAUGCUUCUGUGGUCAUCAUUCCAGGAUGCUUAGGCUCCUGGAGUCCACAAGCCUGGAAGGAUCCCCAGGGCAAAUCUCAUCCCCAGUUGUCCAUGUUACUUUAGUGUAUUCAUGGAAAUUCCAUAUGUUUUUGGUGUUAGAUAUAUGGUAUUCAGUUUGCAUAGUGUAUACUUCUUUGUAAUCCAGUGCUAUUAAGAAUGCUUUACUUAAAGGAAAAAAAGAAAUCUGCAUUAUAGUCCCAUUCUUCAGUGUCCACACAAUGAAUGGCUGAGCAUCUUAGAAGCAGCAGCGGGUGUGUCACAGGCAUGGCGUGGAACAGUUUGGUCUUUGACUUGUGAUAAAAGUGCAAAAUUGAAUCACUGUGCAGUUUGGCUUUUAUUUACUUCAAAAUGUGUAGAAUUGUGGUUGAUUUAAUUUGCAAGAUUUUACUAACUUUGAGAGCUUACAGUUUUGAAGGAAACAAUGUUUUUAAAAUGAAGGGGCUCACAGAAGAAACAACCCAAUGUUACUAAUAUAAUCUGGCUUUUGUCAUGCAAAUUGUUAACACCAGCUAUUAAAAUAUAUUUUAGUAGAAAUGCUUUAAUUCAUGUUUUUUUCCUCUACACUGUGAAUCUUGAAGCCUUGGUGGACUAGAGCAACAUCAUGCUGCCCAAAGGACUCACCUAUGCAAACUAGUUCACAUGUUAGUGGGUGUCACAGUAAUCGGGUAAUAAGGCAUUAUUUCCCCUGCAUAAUGUACAGCGGCAUUGAAAUAACACAUUACGCCUAAUAUCAUGUAUGUACAGUGUAGUCACUCACAAACCCUUCAAGGCUACCAGAAUCAUUAGUAUUAUUAUUUGUUUAAAGGCAAAUCGCUGAAUUAUCUAUUAGAACUACUGACCGAUGUAAUAACAAGAAUGACGGAUGGAUGUGUCAGCCAUGGCUGCUGUGUGGUCACUGCAGGUGUCCUCCGGGGACAGAACUAUGUUCUCAGAUGCACUUUCUUCAGGGUAUUGUUUUUCUGUGUCUUCUUUCUGUAUUUGUAAAACAUUAGAACGCUUUAAUUUCCUAUCUACAACUUGGUUUGCUUAAAUAAAUGCGGGAUAUAAAAAAUGGUUCCA